CUUCCAACUGCGCAAGUCAUAUUUGAGUUAGGUACAUCGUGCCACUUAAAGGCAAUUAGUUGUAAUUUAUCAGUAUCUUGAUGUGACAGCAAAAUUAUAUUCACCCCGAUCUGCCUUCAGUUGUUCAUGGUCUUUUCAUUGCCAUGGAACAAACAUUACCUGUACUCUUUGGAAUCCUUUUGGUUCUAUUUAUCCUUACUGCUGGAAUAUCUGCAAAGGCAAAAACUAAUGGCCACGUACUUUUCACCACUCACCAUAAUCAAAUACCGGUAUUUAAGGGGCGGUUGGUUCAGGACCCAGAUAUGGAAAUGAAGCCUAAGGACCAGAGGAAAGAUUCAACGCAAUAUGAUCUGCCAUUGACCAAAGUCGAAAGUAAAAAUUUGCUUGUUGAAUGCGAAGAAAAGGAAGAAAAAGAAGAAAAGGAAGAAAAGAAAAAAAUGGUAGCUAAAGCGUUCUUAUACAGCCAAGAAGGAUUCUUGGUUGAUGAAUUGAUACUGGAAUACAGUAAAGACGUUUGUAAACAAGUGAAAGAUUACAUUUCUCUUGAUGAGGGGAAAUUCGAAAUGAAGACUGCCGGUCGCGAAUAUGACGAGUUGGAAUUUAACAUUGAGUACCGGUUUGCUAAUGAACUAUAUUCCGUAAAAGAAGACCAUAAGUGCUACAAAAGAAAUUACAAGAUCAUCACCCUCGAUUACGUGGCCAUUUUGAAAAGGGAUCUACUAACCAAAAUAGAAUGUAAAGAAGGCUCUGCGACGGGUGCUGCUGGAGGUUCAACUGGUGGUAUUAAGCAUAUAGCAGAGGAUGGUUUAUAUGAGAUAUGGGAUUUUAUCAAAGGUUCCCCUCGCAAUGAGCCUAUCGUUUCCUCUUUUACCGAUGAACCCGGCCAAGAUUUCAAGCUCACGUGCCGAGAAUAUGACAUGAACGGAGAGCGAAGUGGGACCAUGGCAUCAGGACUCAUUACGUAUCAGAAAAUAAUAGUAGACAGACUGUUUCUAGACUCCUGUUCAACCAAAACUGAUGGGAUAUACAUUGGAAAGAUGACUGAGGAAAAGCCGCGCCGCAGGAAUUACUUUGCAAUCGUAUUUAGAAACAAAGAUGGACAAUGUUUCUCGAGGGAAAUUUCUAAAGUUCAACGUAACAGUUUUGACGCAUCAUAUUACAUAAAGAGAAGCAAACCGGAGAAAGUCAAGUGUCGAAAGGAUUGGAAGAGUGGAAAGGAGUUGAACAUCAAAGGACUAGCAUGGUACAAAAAACUGUUCAAGCUAAUCAAAUCCCUACUGCGAUUGUGAUAUAAAUCAUCGUAACUGA